AUGGAGUCUGAGGAAGACAGCUCAGGACCACCUCCUCAGAGCGAAGAAGCUCCUCCUCCGAUGGAGGAAGCCCCGCCCCCUCCGGAAGGCGCGGCCCCGCCCCCUCCCGAGGAGCAGGCCCCGCCCCCCGAGGAGGGCAGGGCCUCGCCCCCUGCAGAAGAUGCCGCUCAGCCCCCUGCCGAAGGAGAGCCCACCCCUGGCACGGAUGCCACGCCCACCACUACACCGGCCACUGGUCCUUCUGUGACUGAUUACAGGAGUCUGAUUCCCUCAGAUGAGGAGAUAUCGCUGCCGGAAGAUGAGGAGUCAGGCCAGAGCAGGGUCCGACCCAGGAUAGCCCCAAGGCCUGUGCAGUCAGUGCUGUCCGAUGGGCUUUCUCAGUCUUCCCGGCGGGCCUCCAAGUACCGCCGAAGUAUGAGUGGCAUUCCAAACCUGCAGGAGACCCUCAAAGAGAGACAGGCAAGAUUCCGAGAAGCAAGGGAAACACGGAAAAUGAGAAUUGACCCCUUAUACAAAUACAUAUUUGAAAUUCUGUCAGAAAUGCUUGGGCUGGACAUAGUCACCGUGGAAGAACUAAUUUUGGAUUGCCCAUCGCUGGACCCAUUCAGCAAUUUUUUUGAGAAAGGCGGUUGUAAGACGCUGAAGUUCUUGUAUCAGGAAGGAGAAGCACCAGGGCUUGAAUGUGGUCGGACUAUCACCGGAGUACCCAAAGGGGCAAAAAUGAUGAGACUGUAUGUAGACAACGCAGCUCCAGAAAAGCUGAAAGGGCUGUGCAUCUUCUUUGUUCGCUGUCGUAAUGAGGUGGCCAUUAAUUCUAAAACCAUUUAUGAGGAUGCGCUAUUUACCGUCUUGGAUGCAUCAAAAGGACUCUUAAAAGGGAUCAAGAAUAUGUUGCAAUACAUAUUUCUGCCAGCUAUUCUUGCAACGAACAACUGGGGCGCUUUAAACCAGUCCAAGCAGGGUGAAUCUGAGAGACAUAUUUUCACAGAAACCAUCAACAGAUAUCUUUCAUUUUUAGAUGGUGCUAGAAUAAGCGUUGAAGGGACAGUGAUGUUAAAGAAGGUAGACAGUAUCGAUUUCUCCAGACUGCAUACCUUUGAAGAAGUCACAGCUGCAGCGAGCAAUUCGGAGAUGGUGCAUCAGCUGGAGGAGGUGCUGAUGAUGUGGUACAAGCAGAUCGAGCAGGUCCUUAUUGAGAGUGAGCAGAUGAGAAAAGAAGCUGAUGACUCGGGUCCACUCACUGAGCUGGAGCAUUGGAAACGAAUGUCAGCCAAGUUCAACUACAUCAUCGAGCAGAUUAAGGGGUCCAGCUGUAAGGCCGUCAUAAAUGUGCUCAACGUUGCACACUCCAAGCUGUUAAAGAAUUGGCGUGAUUUGGAUGCGAGAAUCACUGACACAGCAAAUGAAUCAAAAGAUAACGUUCGCUAUUUAUACACCCUGGAAAAAGUAUGCCAGCCCCUCUAUAACUACGACCUGGUCUCCAUGGCACAUGGAAUACAAAACUUGAUUAAUGCCAUCAGGAUGAUUCACAGCGUGUCGAGGUAUUAUAAUACAUCAGAAAGGAUGACCUCUUUAUUCAUCAAGGUAACAAAUCAAAUGGUGACGGCGUGUAAAGCAUAUAUUACCGACGGGGGAACAAACCACGUGUGGGACCAGGAAACACCAGCCGUCCUAAAAAAGAUCCAGGAUUGCAUUUUUCUCUUCAAGGAAUAUCAGGCAUCCUUUCAUAAAACAAGGAAGCAGAUUUUAGAAUCCUCAGGGGAGAAGUCUUUUGAGGUUUCAGAAAUGUAUAUAUUUGGAAAAUUUGAAGCCUUCUGUAAGAGACUGGAGAAGAUUACAGAAAUGAUAACCAUUGUGCAAACAUACUCAGCCUUGAGUAAUUCUACAAUUGAAGGAAUAGAUAUUAUGGCUAUAAAAUUCAAAAACAUCUAUCAGGGGAUUAAGAAGAACCAGUAUGACAUCCUGGAUCCACGAAGAACAGAAUUUGACACGGAUUUCUCAGAUUUUAUGUCAAAAAUCAAUACUUUAGAGAUACAGAUACAGGGCUUUAUGAACAGCAUCUUCGGAAAGAUCUUGUCUUCCCAGCAGGCUCUGCAGCUGCUUCAGAGGUUUCAGAAGCUGAACAUUCCCUGCCUUCAAAUGGAAAUCAGUCACACAAUUGAGCAGAUUCUUCAGUGCUAUGUGGCUGAACUGGAAGCUACCAAGAAGCUCUAUCAUUCUCAGAAAGAUGAUCCCCCUCUUGCUCGCAACAUGCCCCCCAUAGCAGGAAAAAUUCUCUGGGUGAGACAGCUCUACCGCCGGAUAAAUGAGCCCAUCACCUAUUUCUAUAAAAACUCAGAAAUUUUGUCAAGCUCGGAAGGUAAAGCUGUCAUCCGUCAGUAUAACAAGAUCUCCUACGUGCUGGUAGAAUUUGAGGUGGUCUACCACACAGCCUGGGUCAAAGAGAUUUCACAGCUGCAGUAUGCUUUGCAAGCCACGCUGUUUGUGCGACAUCCGGAAACGGGGAAGUUGAUGGUUAAUUUUGAUCCUAAGAUUUUGGAAGUUGUGCGGGAAACCAAGUGCAUGAUAAAGAUGAAGCUGGAUGUCCCAGAACAAGCCAAGAAGCUGCUGAAACUGGAAAGCAAAUUGAAGGCAGACAAACUGUAUCUGCAGGGCCUUCUGCAGUAUUACGACGAUUUAUGCCAGGAAGUGCCUUCUGUGUUUGUCAAUCUCAUGACCCCUAAAAUGAAAAAGGUGGAAUCUGUGCUGAGGCAAGGGCUCACAAUACUGACGUGGUCAUCGUUAAUGCUGGAGAGCUUCUUCCACGAGGUUGAGUCUGUUCUGGAUAUGUUCAACCAGCUUCUAAAGAAGGUCAAUGACCUGUGUGAAAUGCAUAUCGACACAGUUCUGAAGGAGAUAGCCAAGACGUUGCUAAUUUCCUUGUCAGACAGUGGCGCUACCCGAGUAGAAGACAUGCUGACCCUCAACGAGAUGUACACAAAGGAAUGGGCUGACAUUCUGAACCACAAGAGCAGGCAUGUGGAAGAGGCUGUGAAGGAGCUCAUAUCCAUAUUCGAGCAGAUCUACGAAGUUAAAGACACCGGGAAACCAGCCAAACAGGUGCCAGAGCAGAAGAAGCAUGUUGUUUUUGGAAGCGAGACAGAAGAGGGUGAUAGCCUUGACUAUGAGGCUGAGACAAAGGAGGUUGACACCAAUGACAAGGAAGACGAAUUUAAGAAGGAAUGUAAGGAGGUCUAUGCUUUCUUCUCUCAUCAAUUACUGGACAGUCUGCAAAAGGCAACACGCUUAUCUUUGGACACAAUGAAACGGAGAAUAUUUGUGGGAAGCCAUGGGCGGAAACGGUCAGAAGAUAUCAUUUCCUUUAUAAAAACCGAAGUGCAUCUUGCAAUUCCUAAUGUGGUGAUGGUUCCUAGCCUGGAUGACAUUCAGCAGGCCAUCAACCGCAUGAUCCAGUUUACCCUGGAGGUCAGCAGAGGAGUGGCGCACUGGGGACAGCAGCAGGUCAGACGAAUCAAGUCCCUUCCUAACAGUACCUCUCGCACUGCCACCGAUCAAAACCACCCAAGCACGGGGAAGCUGCUGAAGAGGGAAGACAGGUCAUUCGAAGAAAUCAUCCCUGCCAGGAAGCUGAAGAAUUUUUACCCUGGGGUGGCGGAGCACAAAGAUAUCUCCAAGCUGGUCCUCCUCCUUUCCUCCUCUGUGAAUUCCCUCCGGAAGGCGGCCAACGAGGCUCUGCAGGACUUCCAGAAGUACAAGACCCUGUGGACCGAGGACCGGGAUGUGAAAGUGAAGGAGUUUUUGGCCAACAACCCAUCCCUGACUGAGAUCAGGUCGGAAAUUCUCCACUACGCCACAUUUGAACAGGAGAUUGACGAGCUGAAGCCCAUUAUUGUUGUAGGAGCCCUUGAAUUGCACACGGAGCCAAUGAAGUUAGCCUUAUCAAUCGAGGCCAAGGCCUGGAAGAUGCUGCUCUGCCGAUAUUUGAAUGAAGAAUACAAAAAGAAAAUGUCAGACAUGAUAACAUUUAUCAAUGAAUACUUGAAAAAGUUGUCUAGACCCAUCCGUGACUUAGACGAUGUCAGAUUUGCCAUGGAAGCUCUGUCUUGCAUUCGGGAGAACGAAAUUCAAAUGGACAUGACUUUGGGGCCGAUUGAAGAAGCCUAUGGCAUUUUAAACAGAUUUGAAGUAGAAGUAACCAAAGAAGAGUCGGAGGGCGUCGACACCUUGAGAUACUCCUUCAACAAGCUGCAGAGCAAAGCUGUUUCCGUACAAGAUGAACUUGUUCAAGUGCAACCCAAGUUUAAAAGCAAUCUGCUUGAGUCGGUGGAAAUUUUCCGUGAGGACGUUAUAAACUUCACAGAAGCCUAUGAGAUGGAAGGACCCAUGGUUCCAAAUACCCCACCCCAAGAAGCUAGCAACAGGCUGCAGAUAUUCCAGGCCAAUUUUGAUGAUCUAUGGAGGAAAUUUGUUACUUACUCAUCUGGGGAACAACUUUUCGGGUUACCCGUGACAGACUAUGAAGUUUUGCAUAAAAUCAGAAAAGAACUCAACUUGCUUCAGAAGCUGUAUGGACUGUAUGAUACUGUCAUGGGCAGCAUCAGUGGUUAUUAUGAAAUACUUUGGGGAGACGUAGACAUUGAAAAGAUCAAUGCGGAGCUUCAGGAGUUCCAGAACAGAUGUCGGAAACUUCCCAAAGGACUGAAAGAUUGGCAGGCUUUUCUGGAUCUCAAAAAGAGAAUUGACGAUUUCAGUGAGUCGUGUCCUCUCCUGGAAAUGAUGACCAAUAAGGCGAUGAAGCAGAGACACUGGGACCGCAUCUCUGAGCUCACGGGCACCCCGUUCGAUGUGGAAUCGGAUUCGUUUUGUCUGAGAAAUAUCAUGGAAGCACCGCUCCUGAAGAAUAAGGAUGACAUUGAGGAUAUCUGCAUAUCUGCCAUUAAGGAGAAGGAUAUUGAAGCCAAGCUGACGCAGGUGAUUGAGAACUGGACCAACCAAAACCUGAGUUUUGCAGCAUUUAAGGGGAAAGGCGAGCUCUUGCUCAAAGGGACGGAGUCUGGAGAAAUUAUCACUCUGAUGGAGGACAGCUUGAUGGUCUUAGGUUCCUUGCUGAGCAACAGAUACAAUGCUCCAUUUAAAAAGAAUAUCCAGAAUUGGGUGUUUAAGUUGUCCACUUCCUCGGAUAUCAUUGAAGAGUGGCUGGUGGUACAGAACCUGUGGGUCUAUCUUGAAGCUGUCUUUGUAGGUGGGGACAUUGCCAAACAGCUGCCUCAGGAAGCCAAACGCUUCCAGAAUAUUGACAAGGCGUGGAUAAAAAUCAUGCAGCGAGCUCACGAGAACCCCAAUGUGAUCAGCUGCUGUGUCGGGGACGAGACCAUGGGGCAACUUUUGCCUCACCUACAUGAGCAGCUGGAAGUCUGUCAGAAGUCCCUCACAGGGUAUUUGGAGAAGAAGCGGUUGCUGUUUCCAAGGUUCUUCUUUGUCUCUGAUCCGGUUCUGCUGGAAAUCCUUGGACAGGCCAGUGACUCCCACACUAUACAGCCACAUCUUCCUGCAGUGUCUGAUAACAUAAACGAGGUGACGUUUCAUGCAAAAGACUAUGACCGGAUGAUGGCGGUUAUAUCAAGAGAAGGUGAAAAAAUUAUGUUGGAUACUCCGGUGAUGGCCAAAGGUCCCGUAGAGAUUUGGCUUCUGGACUUGUUAAAAGUACAGAUGUCGUCUUUACAUAACAUAAUCCGCUCCGCCUUCUACCAAAUCAGCGAUUCAGGAUUUCUCCUGUUGCCUUUCCUCCACCACUUCCCAGCCCAGGUCGGGCUUCUGGGAAUUCAGAUGUUGUGGACACAUGACUCGGAAGAGGCUUUAAACAACGCAAAGGACGACAGGAAAAUCAUGCAAAUAACCAACCAGAAAUUUCUGGAUAUUCUAAAUACUCUCAUCAGUCAGACGACACAUGACUUGAGCAAGUUUGACAGAGUGAAGUUUGAGACUUUGAUCACCAUCCACGUGCACCAGAGAGAUAUUUUUGAUGACCUGGUAAAAAUGCACAUCAAGUCUGUUACCGACUUUGAAUGGCUGAAACAGAGCAGAUUUUAUUUCAAAGAAGAUCUGGAUCAGACUGUGGUGUCCAUCACAGAUGUUGAUUUCAUUUACCAAAAUGAGUUCCUGGGGUGCACCGAUCGCCUUGUGAUCACCCCGUUAACUGACAGAUGCUACAUCACGCUGGCGCAGGCUUUGGGGAUGAACAUGGGUGGGGCUCCAGCAGGACCCGCUGGCACCGGGAAAACAGAAACCACCAAAGACAUGGGCAGGUGUCUAGGGAAGUACGUGGUUGUGUUCAACUGCUCGGAUCAGAUGGAUUUCCGAGGCCUGGGGAGGAUUUUCAAAGGUCUUGCACAGUCGGGUUCCUGGGGCUGUUUUGAUGAGUUUAACAGAAUUGAAUUGCCUGUGUUAUCUGUGGCAGCCCAACAAAUUUACAUAGUUUUGACAGCGAGGAAAGAGAGGAAAAAACAGUUUAUUUUCUCAGAUGGCGAUUGUGUGGAUUUAAACCCAGAAUUUGGAAUCUUCCUGACAAUGAACCCUGGAUAUGCAGGGCGCCAGGAACUGCCAGAAAACUUAAAAAUCCAGUUUCGAACGGUUGCAAUGAUGGUUCCUGAUAGGCAGAUCAUUAUGCGAGUUAAACUUGCAAGCUGUGGUUUUCUUGAAAAUGUUAUCUUGGCCCAAAAGUUUUAUGUUCUCUAUAAACUCUGCGAAGAGCAACUUACUAAACAGGUCCACUAUGACUUUGGACUGAGAAAUAUCCUGUCUGUGCUGAGGACCCUUGGAUCUCAGAAAAGAGCCCGGCCGGAAGACAGCGAGUUGAGUACGGUCAUGCGAGGGCUCAGAGACAUGAACCUUUCCAAGCUGGUUGAUGAAGAUGAGCCCCUGUUCCUCAGCUUGAUCAACGACCUGUUUCCAGGGUUACAGCUGGACAGCAGCACUUAUGUGGAACUGCAAGCAGCAGUGACUAACCAGGUCAACCUCGAAGGCCUGAUUAACCACCCACCCUGGAACCUCAAAUUAGUGCAGUUAUAUGAGACCUCGCUGGUACGGCAUGGCCUGAUGACUCUUGGGCCCAGUGGUUCUGGGAAGACGGCGGUCAUUACAAUUCUGAUGAAGUCAUUAACAGAGUGCGGGAGGCCUCACAGAGAGAUGCGGAUGAAUCCAAAGGCGAUUACCGCACCCCAGAUGUUUGGCCGACUAGAUACAGCCACCAAUGACUGGACGGAUGGAAUCUUUUCCACUCUGUGGAGGAAGACAUUGAAGGCUAAAAAGGGUGAAAACAUCUUCCUCAUUUUAGAUGGCCCCGUGGAUGCUAUUUGGAUCGAGAAUUUAAACUCUGUGUUGGAUGACAACAAGACACUCACCCUGGCUAACGGGGACCGUAUUCCCAUGGCCCCUAACUGUAAACUGCUGUUUGAGGUGCACAACAUUGAGAAUGCCUCUCCUGCAACCGUGUCAAGGAUGGGCAUGGUGUAUAUCAGCAGUUCGGCUCUCAGCUGGAGGCCAAUAUUGCAGGCCUGGUUGAAGAGGCGCACCCAGCAGGAGGCCACUGUGUUUUUGAGUCUGUACGAUAAGGCCUUUGAAGACACAUACACAUUCAUGAAACUAAACCUGAACCCCAAAAUGCAGCUCCUGGAGUGUAACUACAUUAUGCAAUCUCUCAAUCUCCUGGAAGGUUUAAUUCCCUCCAAAGAAGAAGGUGGCAUCUCAUCCAUGGAGCAUCUCCAUAAACUGUUUGUGUUUGGCCUGAUGUGGAGUUUGGGGGCCCUUUUAGAACUGGAGAGCAGAGAAAAACUCGAAGUCUUUUUACGCAGUCACGGAAGCAAGUUAGACCUGCCAGAAAUACCCAAGGGUACCAAUCAGACCAUGUAUGAGUUCUACGUUUCUGAUAAUGGUGAUUGGGAACACUGGAACAAGAGACUUCAGCCCUACUACUAUCCAACGGACAGCAUUCCGGAGUAUUCAUCCAUCUUGGUUCCAAAUGUUGACAACAUCAGGACCAAUUUUUUGAUAGACACUAUUGCAAAACAACAUAAGGCUGUCCUGCUCACGGGAGAGCAGGGGACUGCGAAAACCGUAAUGGUGAAGGCCUACCUGAAGAAGUAUGACCCCGAAGUACAGCUCUCCAAGAGUCUGAAUUUCUCCUCUGCCACAGAGCCAAUGAUGUUUCAGAGAACAAUCGAAAGCUAUGUGGAUAAGAGAAUGGGAAGCACCUAUGGGCCCCCAGGAGGGAGGAAGAUGACUGUGUUUAUUGAUGACAUUAAUAUGCCUGUGAUCAAUGAAUGGGGUGAUCAGAUAACUAAUGAGAUUGUGCGGCAGAUGAUGGAAAUGGAAGGGAUGUAUAGCUUGGACAAGCCUGGAGACUUCACCACCAUCGUCGAUGUACAGCUCAUAGCGGCCAUGAUUCAUCCAGGAGGGGGGCGGAAUGAUAUCCCACAGCGCCUAAAAAGACAGUUCACCGUGUUUAAUUGCACACUGCCUUCAAAUACCUCUAUAGACAAGAUUUUUGGAAUUAUCGGCUGUGGAUACUUUGAUCCGUGUAGAAAGUUCAAACCUGAAAUCUGUGAUAUGGUUGGUAAUUUAGUCUCAGUGGGCCGAGUGCUGUGGCAGUGGACCAAGGUGAAGAUGCUGCCGACGCCUUCCAAAUUUCAUUACAUCUUCAACCUUCGCGAUCUUUCCAGAAUUUGGCAAGGGAUGUUAACCAUAAAAGCUGAAGAGUGUGACUCGAUCCCCAUUCUCAUGUCACUCUUCAAGCAUGAGUGUAACAGAGUGAUUGCAGACAGGUUUAUAACUCCUGAAGAUGAACAGUGGUUUAAUAUACAACUCAUUCGGGCCAUUGAGGAGAACAUCAGCCCUGAGAUCGCGUCCACUAUUGCCACAGAACCAUACUUUGUGGAUUUUCUCCGUGACAUGCCUGAGCCCACUGGUGACGAACCUGAAGACACUAUGUUUGAAGUGCCCAAAAUCUACGAAUUGGUGCCAAGCUUUGAUUUUCUGUGUGAAAAACUGCAGUUUUACCAGAGGCAGUUCAAUGAGAUCAUCAGAGGGACAUCUCUUGACCUGGUGUUUUUUAAAGAUGCGAUGACUCACCUAAUUAAGAUCUCUCGGAUAAUCCGAACAUCCUGUGGUAAUGCAUUGCUGGUGGGUGUCGGCGGCUCAGGGAAGCAAAGCCUUUCGAGACUGGCCUCUUUUAUUGCUGGGUACCAAAUAUUUCAGAUCACAUUAACCAGGUCUUACAACGUGAGCAAUCUAAUAGAAGACUUAAAGAAUUUGUAUAAAGUCGCCGGAGCUGAAGGCAAAGGCAUCACCUUCAUCUUUACGGACAAUGAGAUAAAAGAUGAGGCAUUCCUAGAAUACCUUAAUAACUUGCUGUCCUCGGGGGAGAUCUCCAAUUUGUUUGCCCGAGAUGAGAUGGAUGAAAUCACCCAGGGCCUGGUGUCGGUGAUGAAGAGGGAGCUGCCUCGCCACCCUCCCACCUUUGACAACCUGUAUGAAUACUUCAUCAGCAGAUCCAGGAGGAACUUACAUGUUGUCCUCUGCUUUUCCCCAGUUGGUGAGAAGUUCCGGGCCCGAUCCCUGAAGUUCCCUGGCUUGAUUUCUGGCUGCACCAUGGACUGGUUCAGCCGCUGGCCCAAGGAGGCUCUGAUUGCCGUAGCCUCCUACUUCCUUUUGGAUUAUAACAUUGUCUGCUCCGCUGAGAUCAAGAGGCAGGUUGUGGAAACCAUGGGACUCUUUCACGACAUGGUUUCCGAGAGCUGUGAGAAUUAUUUCCAAAGAUACCGCCGAAGAGCCCAUGUGACCCCCAAAUCAUACCUCUCAUUUAUAAAUGGUUAUAAAAACAUCUACACUGAAAAGGUGAAAUACAUCAAUCAACAAGCGGAGCGGAUGAAUAUCGGUCUGGACAAGCUGAUGGAGGCCAGCGAAUCUGUCGCUAAACUCUCACAGGAUCUCGCUGUGAAGGAGAAGGAACUGGCCGUGGCUUCUGUGAAAGCAGAUGAAGUGCUGGCAGAAGUCACCGUGAGUGCCCAGGCUUCAGCCAAAGUGAAGAAUGAAGUCCAGGAGGUAAAGGACAAAGCCCAGAAGAUCGUGGAUGAGAUCGACAGUGAAAAGGUGAAGGCAGAGUCCAAACUAGAGGCAGCCAAACCUGCACUGGAAGAAGCGGAGGCCGCCCUGAACACCAUCAAACCAAAUGACAUUGCCACGGUCAGGAAGCUCGCUAAACCACCUCAUCUGAUUAUGAGAAUCAUGGACUGUGUGCUGUUACUAUUCCAAAAGAAAAUUGACCCUGUUACCAUGGACCCAGAAAAGCCUUGCUGCAAGCCCUCAUGGGGAGAGUCACUGAAGCUGAUGAGUGCUACCGGAUUCCUGUGGAGCCUGCAGCAGUUUCCCAAGGACACCAUCAACGAAGAGACUGUUGAAUUACUGCAGCCCUAUUUCAACAUGGAGGAUUACACUUUUGAAAGUGCCAAAAAAGUCUGUGGGAAUGUGGCUGGCUUGCUGUCCUGGACACUUGCUAUGGCAAUAUUUUAUGGCAUCAACAGGGAGGUGUUGCCUCUGAAGGCAAACCUGGCCAAGCAGGAAGGCCGCCUGGCUGUGGCCAACGCAGAACUGGGGAAGGCCCAGGCCCUGCUGGAUGAGAAGCAGGCUGAGCUGGAUAAAGUGCAGGCCAAAUUUGAUGCUGCCAUGAAUGAGAAAAUGGAUCUACUCAACGAUGCAGACAUGUGUAGGAAGAAGAUGCAGGCGGCCUCCACACUCAUUGAUGGGCUGAGUGGAGAAAAAGUCCGGUGGACCCAGCAAAGCAAAGAGUUCAGAGCUCAGAUUAAUAGGCUCGUGGGUGAUGUUCUGCUCUGCACGGGCUUUCUCUCCUACCUGGGCCCUUUCAAUCAGAUAUUCAGGAACUAUUUGCUUAAAGACCAGUGGGAGUUAGAGAUGAAAGCUCGGAAAAUCCCUUUCACCGAGAACCUGAAUCUCAUUGCCAUGCUGGUGGACCCUCCGACUAUUGGCGAGUGGGGCCUGCAGGGAUUACCCGGAGAUGACCUGUCGAUUCAGAAUGGCAUCAUUGUGACCAAGGCCACCAGAUACCCUCUCCUCAUCGAUCCGCAGACUCAGGGGAAAACGUGGAUUAAAUCAAAGGAAAAAGAAAACGACUUGCAGGUGACGUCUCUGAACCAUAAGUAUUUCCGCACACACUUGGAGGACUCCCUCUCCUUGGGUCGCCCGCUUCUCAUCGAGGACAUUCGAGAGGAGCUGGACCCUGCUCUGGAUAAUGUACUUGAAAAGAACUUCAUUAAAUCGGGCACUGCUUUCAAGGUGAAAGUCGGUGAUAAGGAAUGUGACAUCAUGGACACAUUUAAACUUUACAUCACCACAAAGUUACCGAAUCCUGCCUUUACCCCUGAGAUCAACGCCAAGACAUCAGUCAUUGAUUUCACUGUCACCAUGAAGGGACUUGAGAACCAGUUACUCAGGAGGGUCAUUCUAACAGAGAAACAGGAGCUGGAGUCGGAGAGGGUUAAGCUUCUGGAAGACGUCACCUUCAAUAAGCGGAAGAUGAAGGAGCUGGAGGAUAAUCUGUUGUAUAAACUGAGCGCCACGAAAGGUUCCUUGGUGGACGAUGAGUCUCUCAUUGGCGUCCUGCGCAUCACCAAGCAGACAGCAGCUGAAGUGAGUGAAAAGCUCCACGUGGCUGCAGAAACAGAGAUCAAGAUCAACACAGCUCAGGAGGAGUUCCGGCCUGCGGCCACCCGUGGCAGCAUCCUUUAUUUCCUAAUCACAGAGAUGAGCAUGGUCAACAUCAUGUACCAGACCUCGCUGGCUCAGUUCCUGAAGUUAUUUGACCAGUCCAUGGCCAGAUCUGAAAAGUCUCCACUACCUCAAAAAAGGAUUACAAAUAUCAUUGAGUACCUGACAUACGAAGUUUUUACAUACUCAGUGAGAGGCCUGUAUGAAAACCACAAAUUCCUCUUUGUACUCCUCAUGACGUUAAAGAUUGAUCUUCAGAGAGGGACAGUUAAGCACAAAGAGUUCCAGGCUCUGAUUAAAGGCGGAGCAGCUCUGGACCUGAAGGCGUGUCCCCCCAAACCCUUUCGCUGGAUCCUGGACAUGACGUGGCUGAACCUUGUGGAGCUCAGCAAGCUCCCCCAGUUUGCAGAAAUUAUGAACCAGAUAUCUCGGAAUGAGAAGGGGUGGAAGAGCUGGUUCGACAAAGAUGCCCCAGAGGAGGAGAUCAUCCCUGAUGGAUAUAACGAUUCCCUGGAUACCUGCCGCAAGCUUCUGCUCAUCAGAUCGUGGUGCCCAGACCGCACCGUUUUCCAAGCAAGGAAAUACAUCGCCGAUUCUCUCGAGGAGAAAUACACAGAACCAGUUAUCCUGAAUCUGGAGAAGACGUGGGAAGAGAGUGAUACACACACGCCUCUGAUUUGUUUCCUGUCCAUGGGCUCUGACCCCACCAUCCAGAUUGAUGCACUGGCCAAAAAAUUGAAGCUGGAAUGUAGAACAAUCUCAAUGGGUCAAGGACAAGAAGUGCAUGCUCGAAAGCUGAUUCAGAUGUCCAUGCAACAGGGUGGUUGGGUAUUAUUGCAAAAUUGUCACCUUGGUCUAGAAUUCAUGGAAGAAUUACUAGAGACAUUGAUGAUCACAGAAUCCAUGGAGGACUCUUUCCGAGUAUGGAUAACCACUGAGCCCCACGACCGAUUUCCAAUUACAUUACUCCAGACUUCUCUCAAGUUCACAAAUGAGCCACCCCAAGGUGUUCGGGCAGGCCUGAAAAGGACAUUUGCUGGGAUCAACCAAGACCUUCUGGACAUCAGUAACUUACCCAUGUGGAAACCCAUGCUCUACACAGUGGCGUUUCUGCACUCCACUGUGCAGGAGCGACGAAAAUUUGGUCCCUUGGGGUGGAAUAUUCCCUAUGAAUUCAAUUCUGCUGACUUCUCAGCCAGUGUCCAGUUCAUUCAAAACCACCUCGAUGAGUGUGAUAUUAAAAAGGGUGUAUCGUGGAGUACGGUCCGGUAUAUGAUUGGAGAAGUGCAGUAUGGAGGCAGAGUGACAGAUGAUUUUGACAAACGGCUGCUUAACUGCUUUGCCAGAGUCUGGUUCAGUGAGAAGAUGUUUGAGCCCUCAUUCUGUUUUUACACUGGGUAUAAAAUCCCCGUGUGUAAAACCUUGGACCAGUAUUUUGAGUACAUCCAGUCUCUGCCAUCCCUAGAUAAUCCGGAAGUCUUUGGGCUCCACCCCAAUGCUGACAUCACGUAUCAGAGUAACACAGCUUCUGAUGUUCUCGAAACCAUCACCAAUAUCCAACCCAAAGAGAGCGGUGGUGGCGUGGGCGAGACGCGUGAGGCCAUCGUCUACAGACUGUCUGAGGACAUGCUGAGCAAGCUGCCGCCUAACUAUGUGCCUCAUGAGGUGAAAGCUCGGCUGAUAAAGAUGGGACACCUCAAUUCAAUGAACAUAUUUCUUAGACAAGAGAUUGACAGAAUGCAGAAAGUCAUUUCAAUACUCCGAAGUAGCUUGAGUGAUCUCAAAUUGGCUAUUGAAGGGACAAUCAUCAUGAGUGAGAACUUGAGAGAUGCGCUGGACAACAUGUACGAUGCUCGCAUACCUCAGCUCUGGAAGAGGGUGUCCUGGGAUUCCUCUACCCUCGGCUUCUGGUUCACUGAGCUUCUGGAGAGGAACUCUCAGUUUUCAACGUGGAUAUUUGAAGGGAGGCCUAACGUGUUCUGGAUGACUGGUUUCUUUAACCCCCAAGGAUUCCUCACAGCAAUGAGGCAAGAGGUGACCCGAGCUCACAAAGGCUGGGCACUGGACACUGUGACCAUCCACAAUGAAGUCCUUCGGCAGACCAAGGAGGAGAUCACCUCACCCCCUGCGGAAGGGGUGUAUAUUUAUGGACUGUAUAUGGAUGGAGCAUCCUGGGACAGGCGGAACGGGAAGCUCACAGAAUCCACCCCGAAGGUUCUCUUCAUGCAGCUUCCUGUCCUGCACAUCUUUGCCAUUAACUCCACGGCGCCCAAGGACCCGAAACUGUACGUGUGUCCUAUCUACAAGAAACCCCGGCGAACUGAUCUCACCUUCAUCACUGUGGUGUACCUGCGCACAGUGCUGUCCCCGGAUCACUGGAUCUUGAGGGGAGUGGCCCUCUUGUGUGACAUCAAGUAA